AUGGCGGACGCGCAACCGCUGCGCAGCUUCUCUGUCCUCCAGCACCAGACCGCCGCACUCGUCGCGCCUCAGUUUGUCGGAUCCGGACUAUCGCUCGUCCUGUAUGGCGUCUACAUCGUCCUGCAGUACCAGUAUGCGCGGGGCGACCUCUACCGCCGGCUGUCUUGGCCCGUCAAGACGACCCUUGUGCUCGUGUGCUUCCUCGUGAGUGUGUACGAGGUCGUGCAGUAUGCAGACACAAUGUACUGGGCCGUCACGGUCAAGCGCACACCGGACGACAUCUUCAACGGCGUCCCUCUCGACUCCGUUAUCCCCCUCCUCGGCGCCAUCGUUGCUGCACCCGUCCAGAUCCUCCUCAUCUUUCGUGCGGCUUCGCUCCUUCACCAGCGCUGGACUCGGAACCUCUUCCUCCUCGUCGGCGGCGUCCUCGUUCUCGCAGCCUUCACAGGCGCGAUCCUGACCUGCGCAACAGGUAUUAUGUACUUCAACGGCACGAUCGACAACAUCCUUCCCUUCACCUAUAACGACGCCGUCUCGCUCUGGCUCUGGUCAUCAGCCGCAUGCGACGUCGCUAUCUCCCUUUGCUUCGCCUUCACGCUGCAUCGACGGAUUCAGGGGUUCAACGCCAACACGGACACGCUUCUCAAGAAGUUGAUCCAGACGGCGUUGAGGACCGCAGCUUAUACAGCUGUCUUGGCAGUGGGAGGAGCCGCUGUAGCCUCUGCGACGCCCGACACCGACUACAACUCGACCUUCGCCCACUUCGCCUUCUGGUUCCCGCUACCGCCCUGCUACGCCCUCUCGCUCUUUACCACCCUUUCCGCCCGACGAACCAUAAACGCCCACCUCGCACCAUCACCUUCCAACUCCCCCGCUUCUCCACGUCUCGCCGCUGCACCCGCUGCACCUCAACAACGCGCAACGAUCGACUACAGCGGCUUGCGGGCGCUCGACGGAGAAGCCGAGGUGAGGGACGAGUUUGGGCCGGACGAGAGCACGAGGAGGGAGACGAAGGAGACUGUUAGUCGGUGGAGGGAGGAGCAGAAGAAGUGGACGCUUUCGCUGGAGAAGGCGGCGGCGCCUCAUUCGGAUGAGGAAGACGACCUGGGGGAGUGGGAAGCGCGAGGGAGGGCGGGUCGUCGAGGAGUAGUAUGA